AUGGAGAAAAUUUCCAGCGUUCCUGAGAGUGAUAACUCCCGAGAGAGUUAUGUUGAGGGUGCGGAUCCCCAACCACCAGCGUUUUCCCAGGAAAUCACCGAGUCAGUUAAUGUCUCGGUGAAUGACGGAUCAAAUGUUGGCGCUUAUACACUUGAUCUGGUUACACCUCCGAAGUCAGCUUCGGAGGUAGUCAAGUUGCCAUCGCUAGAAUCUGAAAGAUUAUCGCGAGAUCUGCGUAGUGACAAGAUCAAGCAGAUCUGCGUACUAGUCACAGAGGACGAGUACGUCGCCGAUAUUCGGUCGGCACAAGUGUUUGCUGAGAACGACUGGGUUCUCAGUAGUUCAUCUAUGGACGCUAGUGUCCUCGAUGAGAAGACACGGAUUGAGCGUUAUACGUCUCAAUCUUGGGAGUCUCUAAAGACAAAUACUUUUGUAUAA